GCCGCCGACAUGGGGCCGAAGAAGGGCCGCGGGGCGCCGGGCGCGAGCGCCGAGCCGGCCCCGACGUGCUGCGGCUGCCGCUUCCCGCUGCUGCCCGCGCUGCUGCAGCUGGCCCUGGGCCUGGGCGUCGCCGUGCUGGGCUUCCUCAUGGCCAGCGUCAGCCCCUCCCUGCUGCUCAGGGACACCCCGCACUGGGCUGGGAUCAUCGUGUGCCUGGUCGCCUACCUCGGCCUGUUUAUGCUCUGCGUCUCCUACCAAGUGGACGAGCGGACAUGUCUCCAGUUUACUAUGAAACUGCUGUACUUCCUGCUGAGCGCGCUGGGCCUGGUGGUGUGCGUGGUGGCGGCCGCCUUCGCUGCCCACCGCUCGGUGCAGCUCAUGCAGCUGUCCUGCGAAGCCCUGCCCGGCGCCUGCCGCUGCACGCUGCCCUCGGCCGAGCGCCUCAGCCGGGCCUUCGUCUACCGCGACGUGAGCGACUGCAGCAGCAUCACGGACACGCUCAAGCUCUUCUUCCUGGCCCAGGUGGUGCUGAACUCGCUGGGCGGCCUGGUGUGCCUGCUGGCCUGCUUUGUGAUGUGGAAACACCGCUACCAGGUCUUCUACGUGGGCGUCGGCACGCAGCCCGGAGCCGCCUCUGGGAGCCGGCAGCAGAAAGUGUGAUGGGUUCUGCUCGGGGUGGGAGAGCGGAGA